AUCGAAUCGCCCGGGAAAAUCUAUAUUGAAGAGAGAAGAAAGAGCCUUCCUGCGUCUGACUUGUUCCCCUCUCCCAUCGCACUCCCUCCGUUUUAUUCUUUCUACAAUCCUCCAAAUAAUAUUCACACAAAAGAGAAAUCGAACAAUCGAGAUUUGCGAUUUCGCGAAGGAGAAUCUACAGUAAUGUCGUGGUUGAGAUCGGCGGUGCACAGAGCCGUCGAAGUCGGCGGGUCCGGGAAGAACAACCUCACCCGCACCGUUCGAAACUACGCCGAUUCCGUCGUCCUCACCGCCGGCAAUGCCGUUUCCGAAGGCGCCAAACUCUUCCAGGAUCGCAUCGGAUCGAGGAACGUGAAGAGCUUCAGCCUCGCGGUGAAGAUAUUAGAAGAAGUCUCGGUUUCGUCGCGAGGCGGCGAGAGAGUGCAGUUGCUGAGGAGAUGGCUCGUCUCUCUUAGAGAGGUCGAGAGGAUAACAAUGUCUUGUGAUCAGAAUCAGCCUAGUUCCGAAGAAGCCAAGAAUCUCAGCACCGUCGUUUAUUACGUUGAUCCUGGUCUUCCAGGUGAGCCGAUGACUUUCCGAGAUGUGUUUCUUCACAGUGAGGCCCUUGAAGGGAUGGUAUUGUCCAUGAUUUUGGAAGCACCAAAUGAGGAGGAAGUCCAGCUGCUUCUGGAACUGUUUGGGCUCUCUUUGUCAGGAGAGAAGGAAGUUCACGAAGCAGUGAUUCGAAAUGUGCAGGACUUGGCAGCGGUGUUUUCCAAAUACAAGGAUGAAGUUCUGGCAAAGCGCGAGGAACUUUUGCAUUAUGUCCAAGGUGCAAUCGGAGGGCUUAAAAUCAGUGCUGAUCUUGCAAGAAUAGAUACUGAAGCCCAAGCGCUGAUGGAGAAACUUGAUAAGACAAAGGUCAAGGUUCUCGAGAAGACUUCAAACGAAGAUAGUUCAAAAGCCACAGGAACCAAUGCUGCAUCAACCGAGGCUCUCCGGGAAAUACUUGAGCAAGUUCGUACUUUUUCGAAGCUAGAAGCACUCUUACUGAAGAAGAAAUCAUUAAGAAAUGGUGAUUCCCUUCAAUACCACAGUGAGAAGGUUGAUAAACUUAAAGUUCUGUCAGAAUCUUUACUCAAUUCUACCUCUAAAGAAGAAAAACGAAUUGUGGAUCAUAGAAGCCAGAAAGAAGAAGCUCUUAGCUACCGACUUUCCAAAACCGAUGAAGUCAGCCAGCGGGAGAAGGAUGUAGCUGCAGAAUUAAAAAACCUUGAGAUUAUGAAGGAAGAUCUUGAAGCUGAGCUGAAAAGGGUCAACACUUCAAUAACAUCUGCCCGGGCUCGCCUUCACAAUGCUAGAGAAGAAAGAGAGCAGUUUGAUAAUGCAAGUAAUGAAAUACUUAUGCACCUGAAGUCAAAGGAAGACGAGCUAACUCGCUCGAUAUGUUCAUGCCGAGUAGAGGCAGAUGUUGUAAAUAAGUGGAUCAAGUUUUUGGAAGAUACCUGGAUUAUCCAGUCUAAAUUUGCUCAACAAAAGGAAAUACAAGUGAGUGGGGAGAUAGAGAGAUAUGGUGACCAUUUCAUCGACUUGAUUGUUCAACUCCUCUCUUUCUACAAGGAACAGUUGGAUCCUUCUAUACCCAAGAUCAGAGGAGUCGUCGAACUUUUGGAACCAAGUAAAUGGUUAGAAGCAGAUAAAAAGACAGACGAUAAGGAUAUAAAGCCAGUCGAUUCAAGAAAAAAACUUGAGAAGGAGUAUCUGGACCUCGAAGCCAAGUUUGUAACAACAUUAAGCGUGGUGGAUGCUAUGAAAAAGCCAUUCUAUUCACAAACUGAAGGUAUCUCCAGGAAAGACGAUAAAAGAGUGAAAGAACUAUUUGAGGCAUUGGACAAAACAAAAGAAGAGUUUGAGUCUAUCGAACGCCCGCUUCUAGAUAUUGAGUCUCCUUCGAGAACCUCUUCAUCUUCUUCACGCUCCCCGUCACUGAAAAUGAUACCCGAGGUUCCACUUUCUUUCACAGUCCAGAAAGAAUUUGAUGGUGUGGAAACUCCAGACAGUAGUAAAAAAGGGUCUUCAGAGAAGGAAGACCCGGCGAAGAAGCAGCUGGAGUUGGAACUAGACGAUGGAGAAGAGUCCUUGGCUGAUGAAAUCAAUGACUGGGAAUUUGACGCACUUGAUGACACUCCCAUCAAAAACCAAUAGCUAACUCAAAUUUUGCAAACCAGAUGAUGGAGGAAGAGGGGGAGUAUAUCUAUCACUACUUAACUAACUCAAAGGUUAUGACUUUCCAGAGCUAUAUAAAACAUUUAAAGGAAACUGUAAGUUAUUUCCUUGUUUUGUGAAAUUCUAAUUUGAAAUAUGAUCAAAUGUAGAUAUAUAUAUUACUAUUUACUAGCCUCCCAAUAAGUUUAAAAUGACUCUUACCUCUCCCGGUAUGUUUUUGUUUUCUCUUCGUCGGAGAUAAGAUUUUCUCCUUCUAUAUAUUUUCCUUAUAUUAUGUUCUUCAUUUCAUUUUUUUUUCCUGGUAUGGGGACAAAAGUUUUUCUUUAAAACUCAAAUCUCAAACUAAAUAAAUGUAGAGAAUUAGGAUAAUAUUAGAACGGUAUUAUCCUAAUAUUUAUAUUUUAAAAAAACAAAAACUGUUCCCUGGUGAGAGAAUGUUAAAUUAUCGGUAGCCAUGUGUUAACGAUAUAUGAGUAGUCGGAUUUGAACUCAGUUUCCUUAACAAUGCUGAAACGUCAUGCUACUAUCUGACCACUAACAUGUGGUUAUAUUUAUAUUUUAAGAUAAUAUUAGAACAGUAAAUAAAGUAUAUUAUUUAAUUAGGUAUAGAAGAAUUUGACCUUAUUUUCGGCUAAGGAGUAAGGACUAGGAGCAAAAUGAAACGAUUUUUAUAACAAAGGGUCAAAGGGAGUUAAAACCGGAUACACUCUCCUCUGUUUUGUACAUCCGAAGGUAGAAUAUUCCCAGUGUCCCUAAUUGCUACAGAUCUCAAUAAAAGAUCCAUAUUAGUUAAUUAGUGAAAAGCUGGGAAGAAGAUAGAUAGAUUAUGGUAAUCCUACAAAAGCUCUGUCCCGGCUCUAACAUUCAAGUAUCACGCUGUCCAUUUAUAAGGAAAGCUCCAUUAAUACUCAUUUCUCAAGAUUUAUUGUAUUUUAUCUGGUUUUAGACCGUUGUCAUAUGUCUCGUCUCUCUCUGACACAGAUUCAGUGUUUCAUUUAUCAUGUUAAAUAAAUAA